AUGUUGCGGCAGAUGCGAUGGCUGACGGACAGGGAAGGGAGGUGGGAGCUGGACGUGGAGUCCCCGGCGACGAUGGAGGGCACGGCGCGCCCGGUCCCGGGCGACCCGCUGCCCCUCGGUCUCUCGCGGGGGCCCCGCGUCACCCGCACCAAGCAGCUCGACUUCUUCCACCGCUUCAUGGCCUCCCCGCUCGUCCCCUCCUUCUCCGCCUCCCGCGCCGGCCUCUCCCUCCAUCACGCGCACCUCCUCCAUCUCGCCCACAACUGGUCAUUUACUAUCUUGGAGCAGCUUCAUGUACAGAAGCUCGUGACAGCCGUGAAGGAGAAGCUGUCAAAUCAUCGACAAGGGGUUCCCUGGUCCAAUGAUCUCGAGAGGCAUUUGCAUGACGUCAUUUCUCUAGGUGUUGGCACGGAAUUCUUGAUCACACCAGACACGGCAUUGCUGCUGGAGUUGUACAAUAUCAACAAGGGGGACCGAGGCAAAGCGAUUAUUCACCACAAGCUUCCUCAACAAAAUAUUACAUUAGCAGCAUCUUGGCCUGGAUUAUUUGUUGAUAAACAGGGGGUGUACUGGGAUGUGCCUUUAUCAUUGUCAGCUGAUCUUGCUUCAGUCGGCUCCAGUUCUGGAUUGAGUUAUCAUCUAUUGUUACAACAGAAUAGUGGGGAGCCAAAAUGUUUUGGUGGUGAUGAAACCAAUGAUGUUCCUCUCGCUCUGCUACCUGGUUUGUGUGCUAAAGCAGCUAUUUCCAUCAAGAGAAGUAUUGAUGCUUGGAGGAAGAAAGAAGACAAGCUAAAAAUGGUUCAGCCUUAUGAUGCAUUUCUCUCAGACCCUCAUGUUUCAUUCACUGGAAUUGUUGGUGCUGUAGCCAGUGGUUCUUUGGGAGAUUGUUCAAAAAGAAUUAUAGUGCCGGACGAAAUGCGAAAAAGCAAUGCCUUCAGAGUAUUCCACGAGAGGAAUAAGUUUGCUGCAUUUGCAGACCUCUUUGCUUCUGUUACUUUUACAGCUCAACAUGGAAAUUUCCAGAGGCUUUUCCUGGAUUUGACCAGGGUCAGUGCCCGAUUAGAUAUACCCUCAGGAUCUUUGUUCUUACGUGGUGCUUCUCGAUUAGCGCAAGAUUUUUUCUUCUCUAGACGGCCUGAUUUAGAGACAUUCUGUGAUGUUUGUCCAGAUGUGAUUGUUUCUCUUCAACAACAGGUGAGUCAUAUUUUUCUUCCAUUUCACUUUGUGCUCUGUUACCUAGAACUAGAAGGUCAUUCUGUACGCAGACUGUCAUGCCACAAAGCAAGAUACUCUUACUCUCUUUUUUCAGAUUUGAUCUGUCAAAUCAUUUCGAUAUCUUUUUUAGUUCAGCCAAUAACCCUAAGGUGGAAGAAAUUUUGUCUGACAUGCUUUGCUAUUUGA